AGGUGAAGCUCGUCUUCUAGUUCUGUGUUCUGCGUUGUAUUUCAAUGGCUUGUGAAUGGUUCUUUUCAUUUUUUCGUGGCUCUUAUGAGCAGAAACUCUAACUAAAUAGCAUAAAGACAGACACAUAGAGUUCUACUUUUAUAUGUACACAACAUCUAAUUUUCUUCACGCUGUGGCUUAUGUAUCCUGAUCUGUAGACUAUCAUGGUGUGGUACGGUGCCUUGGCGGUGACAAUGGUGGUGGUCGUGGUUAUAGUGCAGUGGUUGGGUUGCAACUUUGCAGAAGGGUAUCCGGAAGAAGAACUUGUGGUGAGGCUUCCUGGUCAACCAAAAGUCUUAUUUAGACAGUAUGCAGGUUAUGUCGAGGUUGACUCCAAAACAGGCCGUAGCCUCUUCUACUACUUUGUUGAAGCAGCCACACAACCUGAGACCAAACCCUUAACCCUUUGGCUUAAUGGAGGUCCAGGUUGUUCAUCAGUUGGUGGAGGAGCUUUCACUGAGUUGGGUCCAUUUUACCCUACAGGAGAUGGCCGUGGCCUCCGCAUUAACUCCAUGUCUUGGAACAAAGCCUCGAACCUGCUUUUUGUGGAGUCUCCGGCAGGAGUUGGUUGGUCGUACUCCAACACAAGCUCUGAUUACAACACCGGGGACGAAACUACUGCAAAAGAUAUGCUUGUGUUCUUGAUGAGAUGGUUCAGCAAGUUCCCAGAAUUGAAAGCUCGUGACUUCUUUCUCACUGGGGAAAGCUACGCAGGACAUUACAUACCUCAACUGGCUGAUGCUAUACUCAGCUAUAAUAGACAGUCAAGUGGGUUCAAGAUCAAUGUCAAAGGAAUUGCAAUUGGGAAUCCACUUCUAAAGCUGAACACAGACACUUCGGCUGUUUACGAGUACUUAUGGUCGCAUGGCAUUAUUUCGGAUGAACUUAGACUAGAAAUAAUCAGGCAGUGUGAUUAUAACAAUAUACCAAACGUAAGCAACGCGUGCAUCAAGGCAACCACUGAAGCCGGCGUCGUUUCUCAGUUUAUCGACGUCUAUGAUGUUCUCCGAGACCUAUGCUACCCAUCCAUUGUCCAGCAAGAGCUGAGGCUCAAGAAAAUGGCUACACACAUGAGCAUAGGGGUGGAUGUUUGUAUGACCUACGAAAGAAAGUUCUAUUUCAAUCUCCCAGAGGUCCAACACGCUCUUCACGCCAACCGCACUCGUCUGCCUUACGAAUGGUCUAUGUGCAGCACCCUGGUAAAUUACCAUGGCAUCGACUCAAACAUCACCAUGCUUCCGCUUCUUAAGAGAAUUAUACAGAACAAAACUCCUGUUUGGAUUUUCAGUGGCGAUCAAGAUUCUAUAGUUCCAUUUCUUGGUACUAGAACCAAUAUACGAGAACUUGCUCAUGAUCUUAACUUCAGCACCACACUUCCCUAUGGACAUUGGUUCCACAAAGACCAGGUUGGCGGCUGGGUCACUGAGUAUGGAAAGCUAUUGACGUUUGCAACAGUGAGAGGAGCGGCUCAUAUGGUGCCCUAUGCGCAGCCCGCACGAGCUCUCCAUAUGUUCAGUUUCUUUGUGCGUGGACGAAGAUUGCCCAACAACACACAUUACCCUCAUGAUGAAUGAGAGAGGAGAUUAUCUCUUUAUUGUUAACAACCUAUAUUAAGACAAUGGCAUGGUUAUCAUUGUAAUAAGUUGUUAUUGAGAAGUGUUACUUUUCUAGAGUAGGAGAUAUUGGAUUCCAAUUUGGGAUGUCAUAGACAUAAGAACCCAUUUUGAAUAGUUUUGAUGUAUGCAUCAUUGAUUUAAUUAAUAUCUUCUGCUUUCCUCC